CAGGCUGUUUAAGCCGAGUGAGGCAGGUUAAUGGCCCCAGCUGAUGAUGGAGUGUUUUCAUUACAGCAUCUCCCUCUCCCUGCUGCAAUUGCUCCCAAGAAGACACAUUAAACCUCCCCAUGCCGUGGGGUCAGAUCAGCCCCUCGCUCACGCUGUCAGGGACUGUCCCCACAGGCAGCACCGCUCACCUGUCAGUGCCCUGCCAGGGCUAAACAAACUCCUCCAGGCUUCUCUUCCAUUUUCCUCCUUCUCCUUUCCCUCCCCCUCCUACAGACAUUGCACAGAAACUCCCUGUCCCAGAGCUGGGGAAUACCAGAAAUCCCACCCCGAGCUCAGCCAGCUCAGAUCUGCUCAGCUCCAGUGCCGGUCUUUGUGUGACGAGCCCAGCUCAUUCCCACAGGGCUGAGCCAGCCCAGCACCCCCAAACCCCCUCCAGCUGAAGCCCUGAUGCCUUUAUAGCCCAGCCCUGCCCACAGCGCAGCUGCAGCUCAUCUCCGCAAAGGCGAAGGGCUGGGAUGUGACCUGGUCCCCACGGCAUGGUGGCUCCCAGCCACCCAAUCCGUCUCCCUGGUCCCAUUUCCCAGGAUGGGUUUCCAGCUCAGACUCUCUGGGUUGCUCCCAGAAGGUGCAACCUUGCUCUCGGCUUUAUGAAAUUUCAUCCCGUGGCUCUGGCGCUCGGCCCCAAGGUCACCCACCCUUUCUCCCAGCUUUGUGGCAACUGCCAGCAUCCCUCUUACACAAGGGCCCUAUUGGGAAUAUGGAGCUUGGGGAGCCCCAGGACAGCCCCUCGAGGGACAACCCGCUGUCACAUCAUCGGUCAUCAUCUUGGCUGAACCUGCCCUGGCAGGGAUCCCCAGUGCACACCCUGCCCAUUACACCAGCGUCACUUGCUCGGGAAGAGUAGAUAAAUUUGCACUGGUAUCAGAUCAGAUUUGUACAGGUUACCUGGUUGCAUUUGUUUGCCCGUUUUGGUGGUGCCCGUGUCCGCGAGCAAGGAUGUGCUCGGGGACCAGUGGCCCUUCAGUGCAUGAGGAGAAGGAGGCACAGCAGCCGAGCUGGCGUGCUGGGGCAUGCUCAUCGCACCCGGGCAUCAGUCAAAAGCUCCUGUCCAGCUCUUGCGCAUCAAAGUGCUGCGUAUUUAGAUGCUCCCCUUCCCCUUGGGCCAGCAAUGGCGGCUGUGGUGCUGGGAUGGGGCUGGAGAUUGCUUUGUGGUCGCAUCGGAUGCUUUUAUGAAGUGCUGAGUGCAGGAAAAAAAACAAACCGCAGGAAGGGGCUGUGCUGCUGCAGGGCUGCAGGGAGGAGACGCCUUUGCUCCCGGCAGCCAGCCUGGCUGCUGGCUCCAUCCCACCAUCCUGCAUCAGGGCUGCAUCCCCGGGACCCCCAGCCCCAGCUGGCUCAGCGGCACAAAGCCUGGACGCCGGGGGAAGCGGUAGCUCCCUGUGCCCCACAGGGAUCCGAAGCACGAGGUGACACACCACGCACUGGCUGGGCUCUGCAGAAGGAGUCAUCACCUGAAGUAUGGCAGCACCCAAAUCCUGCCAAAUCCAGCCAUGGCUUGGAGGAGGAUGGAUCCCGCACUGCUCAGGACAUCACCUUCGCUGGAUGCUCCCGUGCACGUGCCACUGCCCCACGGCACAGGACGGGUGCUGCCUGGGCAGGAUGAGCACCGUGGGAGCUUGGGGACACCACAGCAUCCUUCCGCCCUCGCUGGCACCGUCGGGUUGGGCGCUGCAGUAGGACAGCGUCACGGGCAUUUUGGGAAAACCUCUGGCUCCAGCUGCCCUGAUGAAGAGCCCAGAGAGCCCGGCAUAUGGUGGCUCUGGAAACAGCCUGGCAACCGGCGGGGAGGCCCUGGCCGGAGCAGCUGGUCGGGCUGCCAGGACCGUGCUGCCCCGCAGCGAGGAUGGAGGAUGCGGUGCGGGUACGCAGCACGCCGGGUGUCUGUGCGCACACCCGUGCGCACCCGCGUCGGCCGGACCUGGCAGCCCCUCGGGACCCCCGGGCAGCACCGGGAGCUCCCAGUGCGUCAGUGCUUCUGGAGCUGGCGAUGUCUGCUCCGUCCUACCAGCCGCAGCCAGCUGGUCCCGGGGGACCUGGGGAGCCCGCAGAACCGCCCCUCGCUCCUCCUCUCCUCCUCCCUGCUCCUGAUAUACCCUCCUCUCUCCUGUCCCCUCUGAGCAUCCCUCUGCUCCUCUCCCUCACUCCCGCUCGCCUCUCGCUCCUUUUCCCUCCUCCAUUUCUCUUCUCUGAACUUGCCCCUUCCUCCUUCCCUGCUCUCCCCCAGCCCCUCUCACCCACACCCCGAGGAACCGACCCACCAUUGAAGACCCCCAGGCUCUGGCAGGGCAGGGGCCAGGACCCCCACGCCGGAGCUGGGACCCGCACGCUGCAGCUGGGACCCCCACGCUGGACAAUGCCUCUCCAGAUAUUCUGCACCAUCUCCUUCUCCAGCGAGGAAGCACCAAGAGAUGCUGCAGCCGCCGGGAAAGGAGAGGAUGGAGCAGACGAGUUCCUGUAUGGGCAGGAGGAGGAUGAAGAGGAGGAGGAGGACGCAGGGGCAGCCACGGACUUUGUGGCCUUUGCCAGCAGCUGCACGCUGCACGGGCUGAGCCACAUCUUCGUGGAGGGCAGCCUGGGCGCUCGGCAGGCGCUCUGGGCGCUGGCCUUCCUCCUCUCCCUCUCCGUCUUCCUCUACCAGGUGGCCGACCGCAUCGUCUAUUACCUGGAGUACCACCACGUCACGCUGCUCAGCGAGGAGGACAGCCCCGAGAUGACCUUUCCUGCCGUCACCUUCUGCAACAUCAACCGUGUGCGGGUCUCGCAGCUCAGCCACGAGGACCUGCUCUACCUGGCCCCCCUGGUCGACUACGAGCCCGGGAUGGAGCUGGGCUUCGCCCCGGCCCAGCCCAGCCCCGGGGAUGAGGACGAGCCCCUAAAUUUGUACGGUUUUUUUAACCGUACUUGUCACCAGCUGGAGGACAUGCUGCUGAGCUGCAGCUACCGGGGCGAGCAGUGUGGCCCCGGCGACUUCGCGGCGGUCUUCACCCGCUAUGGGAAGUGCUACACCUUCAAUGCGGGGCAGGACGGGAAGCCCCGGCUCAUCACCAUGAAGGGGGGCACCGGCAACGGCCUGGAGAUCAUGCUGGACAUUCAGCAGGACGAGUACCUGCCAGUGUGGGGGGAAACAGAUGAGACCUCGUUCGAAGCCGGGAUCAAGGUGCAGAUCCACAGCCAGGACGAGCCCCCGCUGAUCGACCAGCUGGGCUUCGGGGUGGCUCCCGGCUUCCAGACCUUCGUGUCCUGCCAGGAGCAGCGGCUCAUCUACCUGCCGCCUCCCUGGGGUGACUGCAAGGCCGUGGCGGGCGACUCGGAGUUUUACGACACCUAUAGCAUCACCGCUUGCCGCAUCGACUGCGAGACCCGUUACCUGGUGGAGAACUGCAACUGCCGCAUGGUGCACAUGCCAGGCGAUGCCCCUUACUGCACACCGGAGCAGUACAAGGAGUGUGCGGAUCCGGCCUUAGAUUUCCUGGUGGAGAAGGACAACGAGUACUGCGUCUGCGAGAUGCCCUGCAACGUGACCCGCUACGGCAAAGAGCUCUCCAUGGUGAAGAUCCCCAGCAAGGCCUCCGCCAAGUACCUGGCCAAGAAGUACAACAAGUCGGAGCAGUACAUCGGGGAGAACAUCCUGGUGCUGGAUAUCUUCUUUGAAGCCCUGAACUAUGAGACGAUCGAGCAGAAGAAGGCGUACGAGGUGGCUGGCUUGCUGGGUGACAUUGGAGGGCAGAUGGGGCUGUUCAUUGGGGCCAGUAUCCUCACAGUACUGGAGCUGUUCGACUACGCCUACGAGGUGAUAAAGCACCGGCUGUGCCGGCGGGGCAAGUGCCGCAAGAACCAUAAGAGGAACAACACGGACAAGGGCGUUGCACUCAGCAUGGACGACGUGAAACGCCAUAAUCCCUGUGAAAGCAUACGGGGCCACCCGGCAGGCAUGACGUACGCAGCCAACAUCCUACCUCAUCACCCGGCCCGGGGCACCUUUGAGGACUUCACCUGCUAACCGACAUCUGGAUGUACAACCUGAGCUACCAAAGCCCUCCGGAGAGCUGCCCUUCUCCCUGUGAGCGCCAGCGGAGAGACACAUCUAGGGGACCUUGCUCCUCACCACGGUGGGACACAGACAAGAGCGACGGCCUCGGAUUUCGGGGCAGGCGGUCGGGUCGGGUCAUGCUCGAACCCCGCGCGCAGCCCCCGCGGCAGCUGCUCCGCGCCUGCCCCGCUAGUUCAGAGACUUGAGGACGCUCCAGCCCGGCCAUCCUCGCGGUGCGGGGAGCGACACGCACAGCGGGCUGGGGCACGGGCCUGCCCCGUCUCCUCCCCUCGGCUCCCCUCGGCCUUUUUAACUAGAAACCCAGAAGCCAAGAAGAAGCAGCCGUUUGGCCGCAGAGUCUCCAUCCACAGCCCUGUCCGUCUGUCCGUCCAUCGUCUCCAUGCCCAUCCUGCUCCAACGCCUUGGCCGGCGCUUGCUGGGAUCCCCGUGCCCGGCAGGAGGGAUCAUCGAGGAGCCCCACGGCAUGGCCGGCAGGCACGGCGGCGGGUUCGGCAGUCCCAGGAGAGCCUCUCUGUCCCCUGGGACCGUGGUGGCCCGCAGCCCACCCUCGCCUGAGCACUCCUGGCCACUCCAUGCACAUGAAGACGGGGCACCUCCACCUCUCCAAAACGUCUUCCUCGGCACCCUGCCCCAGGGACGGCGGUGCCCGGCCACCGAGCUCGCUGGCCGGCCGUGAGCACCAGAGGGGACUCGGCCGGGGGGGUGCCUCCUCAGCACUGAAGACCCCGCCGCCCGGGCACUCUCCCUCGGCCGCGUCGGGUCGGGCGACAGCGUGGUCUCCCUGCCCGUCUCUCCUGGGCUCCCCGCGGCCUGGCCAGCACCACCCUGCCCUGCAUUCCCUCCUGUCCCCAAGGAACCUGGGGCUACCCCAUGCGGCCCCCGAAAACAGCCAUCCUCGGGGAGAAAGACGGAAGGAAAACUCCUGGCCCCCACUUCGGCCGCAGCCACCAGCCCGGCUCGGCCAGGGGCAUCACGAGGGACAGCCCCUUGGCACCGCUUUGGCCAGGCAGGCGUAGGAGCCCCAACACCAAAAGGGUUCAUAAAUUGAGGGAUACCCCAUGGCACAGGGUGCUCGGGGUCCACGGGACCGCAGGCUCCCACCCCGCUGAACCCCCCCCCGCCCCGGACAGCAGCCGCCCCCGGGCACCGCGAGCCCUGGGCAUCUUCGGGGCAUCUGCUGGCUCGCUGCCCCGGGACCGCCGCUGCUCCUCGCAUCCCUGCCCUCUUGCCGGCACGCAGAGACCUGCCCUGGCAGCCGGGGUCCGGCCGUCCAGCCGAGUCUCUGCUCCCCGGGCCCGCAAGCGCACCGCCGUUUCGCUCUCGGGUCGGUGGAAAUUGGCCUCCCCCAGCCCCUGCCAGCCCCCAGGCCCCACACAUCAAGCAAGAGCCCUCCCAGGGCUGAAGUGCUACUUAUCUUUAAGAGCUUUUGCAAUAAGUCUUUUUAGUAAUUAUUAUUUCUAAACCGCAGAUUUGUUUUUAUUAUUGUCAUUAUUAUUAUUUGCUUCCUGACCAAAAUUAGGAACUGGGGGUCAGUCCUUUGUAUCCAGCGAUUGCCCAAAGAUGACGGGUCGGCCACAUCCAUAAAUUUUCUUAUGGAUUUUUCCUAAUGUUUCAUUGCGUUUCAUUUAUUUAUUUUCUUUCCUUCUCUUUCCCAUUAAAGCUUUUAAAGAUGGGGCUGGGAUUUGACCUUGACGCUCACCUGUUGAAGCAUAUACUUUUUUGUUUGUUUCUAUUAUGUCAUCUGCAUUUUAUAUUUCUUAUAUAUAAUAUAUAUGACUAUAUAUAUAUGUGUACAUAUAUAUAUAUAUCUCUAUAUAUGCAUCAUACCAGUGUAGAUACCCAUCUAGUAGCAUUUAGGCCUUGUUCUUGUGCCAUUUUUUUUUUUUCCGUUACUGAUCUCUGAAUGCCUUCAAGUGUAUAAAGUGUUGAAUUCUCUCUGGUAUCUGUACUAUGUACACACAUUUUCAUAGGAAGCACAAUGACAGAUGCAUUGUACAUCAAUACCUGCUACUCUUAACGAUGAUAUAAAGAAUGAUAUAACUCAUGAA